GUCCUCCUCGAGAACGACGCGUUCCUGACCGGGCUGACGCAGCUGUACGAGCGGAACCGCGCGAGCGGGUCCGUGUGGGUCACGAUGAAGCGCUCGAUGAUGCGGAAACUGCCGAAGCGGAACGCCCCUAACGCGCCCACGCCGGAGGAGGUGAUGGACCGCGACGGCGAGGUUUGGGUCACGCUCGUCCGCGCGACGGACGGGAAGAGGAAGAUCAGCACGACGGUGACGAAGAACAAGGCGGAGAAGUUCGCGAAGAGCUUGAACACGAUACAGCGCGCGUUCAUCGAGCUGCAGGAGGACGACGCGAAGAAGAAGAAG